AACACUACUCCUCGAACCACCGUAGUUCAGGCCAUUUGGUAUUGUCAGUCGCGUCGGCUGUGUGUUAUUUCUCCAGCCAGUGCAGUUGGUUUGUGUUAUGCGUUUAGCUAGUUCCUUCCAGUGACUGGUGCAAUUCUCUGAUUUCCUCAUCAAACUUUGUGCGAAUAUAUCGUGUGUUAUUUCUUCUGCUUGCCGGUAUUUGUGCUUUCCACAAACACUUUGAACGGAUUGACUGCAUGCAUUUCUCAUCUGAACAAACACUGGAACAGUUGAUCAAGAUUUAAGUUUAUGGUGCAGGUGAGAUGCAAUGUGGCUGGAGAUGACGCCGGUCGGCUACUGCGAGGGAGGCGGCUGCUCGACAGGGGUGGCGACGGGGGCGGGACUCAGGCACUCGGCCUCGUUCAGCUGCUUGAGCGGGCACGGGGGCGGUGGAGGCGGCAGACCACACCGGGCACGAACGGCCACCUUGCCAGCGGCAGAUACUGACUACGGAUUCGUGCGGGGGCCGUACAAGUUGCGGCACGGUGUUGUGCCCGAGGAGGACGAGACGGGGGGUGGCAGAGUGAGUGGUGGCAACAGUGGUUCCAUCAGAGACGUUCUGCUAAAGAAGAGUGCCAGUCUGCUGAGUCCGACCGCCUGGUGGUCAGCGCGGAGAACGCGUGCCUCCAAGGACUCUGCCCCCAGGGACGAGCCGCCCCCAUCCGACCAGCGCCGCUGGCGCAGCCUUGGGGCCCUGCUGCGUGCCCCCGGCCCCCCACCACCCCUCCCCAUGAUGCACCAGCCGCCCGCUCAGUCAUUCUACCUCCUGGACGACUUCCUGCGUCCGGCUGGGUCCCGGCGCCGAGACAAGCCCAACACUUCCAGCUCCGACUCCCUGGAGCUGUCCUCUCCGGUGCCACCCCCCGUGCCCCCUCCCCCACCACCCCUGCGUCUGCUCGGCUACCGCAAAUCCUGCGAGUGCGUUCAAUGCGGUCGUGGCCGCGACUACGCCCUGCUCAACUCUCAAACGAGUCCGGGCUCGCUGCACCUGAGCAAGGACUUGUUGGCCAAGUACAAGCGGGUGUCCAAGUCCGAGCAACCCCAGUCCCAGCAGCCAGUCCACAAGCUCAAGAAUGCUAUGCCAGCCAAGAGCAGCGCAGAGCUGCCCGCACUGAAGAGUGUGAUUCGCAACGGGAGUAUAGGCCCUGGCAACAAGUCGGAGUCAUCCAGAUCCACUCCGGUGCUGAAUCCUGGGUUCCCGCACCUCAACAACAACCAGAACAACGCCAACAACAACAACAACAAUUCCACCACUCACAACAACAAUAACAACUCGAGUCCACCGCCGAACCUGCACGCCGACCGGUUGGACUCCUAUGGACGACGCCUGCCGCUCUCGCCUAGUGAGGUGUUUAAAUACUACGGGAGUCGGGUGACGGUCUAUGAACGAUUUGAAAUAGUUGACUACCCAGAGAUCUGGUACUUGGGUUUGAAUGCUGCCAAAAUACAAGGAAAAGAAGGCUCCAUUAAUGAUGGAUAUGAUGAUGAAAAUGGAAGCUACAAUAAGGUUCUACAUGAUCAUAUAUGCUACCGAUAUGAGAUCCUUGAAGUCAUUGGAAAAGGAAGUUUUGGUCAAGUGAUUCGAGCUCUCGAUCAUAAAACUAAGCAAUAUGUAGCCAUCAAAAUCAUCAGGAACAAGAAACGAUUCCACCAUCAGGCACUGAUUGAAGUGCGGAUAUUGGAGAAUCUGAGGAGGAAGGACCCGGAUGGCACUCACAAUGUCAUCCACAUGCUCGACUACUUCUACUUCAGAAAUCACCUCUGCAUCAGUUUUGAAUUGAUGAAUCUGAACCUGUACGAACUGAUCAAAACAAACAACUAUCAGGGCUUCAGUCUGAGUUUAAUCAAAAGGUUUGCUCUCUCUCUGGUGCAAUGUCUUCGUCUCCUCCAUAAGGAAAACAUCAUACACUGUGAUCUUAAACCCGAAAACGUACUAUUAAGACAACGAGGAAGCAGUCUAAUUAAAGUGAUUGACUUCGGAAGCUCUUGCUAUGCUCACCAACGGGUCUACUCAUACAUACAGUCACGAUUCUACAGAUCUCCAGAAGUGAUUCUUGGUCUUCCAUAUGGCACACCUAUCGACAUGUGGAGUUUAGGUUGCAUACUGGCCGAGCUGUACACUGGCUAUCCUCUGUUUCCUGGCGAGAAUGAAGUGGAGCAGCUGGCCUGUGUCAUGGAGGUUCUUGGUGUUCCCCCCGAACAUGUCAUCAUGAACGCUUCAAGAAGAAGACUAUUCUUUGAUUCCAAAGGCAACCCCAGAUGUAUAACGAAUAGUAAAGGCAGAAAGCGAAAGCCUGGAUCGAAGGAUAUUGCAUCAGCUAUUAGAUGUAAUGACAAGUUGUUUGUUGAUUUCGUCAGCCAAUGCUUAUGUUGGGACUCAAAGAAGAGAAUGACGCCGGAAGAGGCUCUGCGACACGAGUGGCUGAAAUCGUCAUCGUCAUCGUCGUCAUCAUCAUCAUCGUCAUCGUCGACGUCGCAGUCGUCGCCGUCUGCCAGUAAUCAGCAGCCGACGCAGCAGCUGCAGACGGCCGUCUACCGGACGUCUAGCAAGGCGACGCCGUCCAAGGCGUCAGUAGCCGACCAUGCCGACCAAUCAGGCGCCUUCCUGCCGCCCAUCCUAUGAGGCAGCCGACGCCCCUCUCUCUCUGAUCUCAUAUUGUGAUGGUGACUGCGAUCUAGUCGCCUCCAAAAGCCGAUUCUAAUCAACAAAAACCACUCACAGAGACAGUGACAAAGUAAACUGUAGUCACCAACUCAAGGUCGCAACUCAUAUUAAAUUCAUGUAACUAUCAAAUAUUGUGUCAAUUGCAACUCAACAGCCCUGUUACUGAUGAAGUGAUGAUCCAAUGGUCUAAUUACUGUUCGAACUCGUGUAUUAUAACUGCAGACCAAGUAACUGACACUAUAGUUUGGAAAAGGCCUGAGACUGCCACUGUUCUGUGUAGUCUAUUGGUUAAGUUAGAUCGGUCAAUUUGUUGGUGGUGUUCUACUACUUAUUGUGAUGGCGAUCAACUCUCAGCAACGUGUUGGUCUUGUCAUACGUGUUUGCAACUGACCACAAAUUCACAUUGAUUUGCUUUAUUCUCUCAGAAUCAAUGUAAACAUGAGAAGAAGUUGGAAGAUUGUUAUCUAAUCAGGUAAGCGCAACUUGUUUGUAGUUGGAAAGAGCUUCACUGUAUUGGCUGCUACUAGUCCAUCACAAAUGGAAUAUGUAUUUCUUGUAAUUGAUUGAACCAAUCCAACUUGGCUGUAACUAUUGAAAACUGUACCUAUUGCAAUAAUUAAAAACCGUUUUUGUAUUAGCACUCAAUUGUAGUGAUUCAAUGAAUUUAUUGUUCAAGUGACACCAUAAUAAAUUUCAACUUAUUAAAUUGUUUGAUUUCAAAAACCAUAUUCUUCUAUCAGUACUGAUUACAGGCGAAGAAUUCCAAGAAUAAAAUCAAAUUGACCUUUAAAUCUUUUUCAAAUCUUCAACUUGAGGUUUCAUGACCCAUGCAAAUGAAAUGUAUUCUUUUACUUCAAGUCUUGAAUGUGCAAUCUAGUUUUGAAAACCAAUAACCUUGUUACGUCCAAGUUGGACUGUACUUAAAAUGUUCCCUGUCUGUCAUACUGUGUAUUUCUAUUUCCUCUGAAAUUGGAAUACGCCAACUUUUGUACUAGAAUAACAUACGUUGAUGUUGUUGUUUAUGUAUGUUUAGCUAUGUAACGUAUCAGUGUUGUGGAGUAAUGUUAUUGGGAUUGAAAUAAUCAGAUUCGAAGUUUCUGUGUAAAAGAAAUCCGUAUUUGAUUCAUUCUGAUUUUCAGAUUAUAAAUAAAAAUCUCGUACUAUUUUCUAUUAGUAGAUUUACAAUCCACUCCUUUCUCUUACUGGAAUUAAAAAUAAUCUGAAACAUUUGCUGUACAUUUGAUUGAAAUUGAUAAAUAUUAUAGAAACGCAUGCUCUUCUCUAUUACAUUUUUGCUAAUUACUGUAUUAAAAAGAGAAUUGAAAAUUCUAGAACAUUCUAGUCUAGAGUUUUAUCAAUAUGGCAUUCUGGAAUAUUCUAGUCUAAAUUCAUAAAAUAGAUUCACAGUCUAAAUAAAUAUAUAGACGGUGAACUUUUCUUGCUUAAUCAUAAUCAUUUGUUGGAUUUUGUAUCAGGAAAGAAUGAAUAAUUCAAUGUGAAGAGGUUCGUGUCAGUUGUAAUAUGUUCAAUUGGCCUUAACAAUGGAGUGUGAUUAAAUUAGAUCAUAGAUGUAUUACAGAUAAAUAUUCAGGUAGCCUAAAUAUUGUUUAAUAUUAAGUUAUUUUUAUGUAGUUGAAUUGCUCUCAAUUAACGUGAAGUGAAUUCAAUGUGUAGUUGUUAUGAUGGAGACGAAGAGCUCCUGUUACCUUCCAACAGCUCUUCAAUGUAUAACUGACUAAUAUUUUCAAGUAGCCUGAUUUGAUACCGAGUAGUCAAUUUAUAAUUCUCGUUUUAAAUGUAUUUUCAUAAUUCAACACAUUACGUUCUAUGUUUGUUUGAUAUUUUACUUUUAAUUCUGAAGCGUAAUAGACUUUGAAAGACUGAAUCCAUUUUCAAUUUGGUUGAAGCAUUACUUAUACUUAAACAAUAAUUUAUGUUUUUAAUUUCUAACAAUAUCGUCAAAUUAUUAAACUAUCGAACCUCAAUAAACUUUAACUCAAUAAACAGUUGACUUUCAGUAUGACAAUACUCAACUGAUUGAACCAGCCACCAGAGUGGAAGAGUGGAAUCACCUCACUCUAAAUAAUAGCCGUUGUAUAUAGAAUAGGUGUGUAAAUUAUAUCGUACCAUGAUGUUGAUAGUAAUUCCUUCCAUUGUAGAAUUUUUAUAUUUAAUCAAAUAAUAUUCUUACUGAGAAAUAGGGGAAAUUAUAGUUUUAAUAACCAGACUGAUAUGAUUUGUGAUGUAUCGUGAAGGCAUAGUUUAUAAAUUAUCCAAUUUUAUUUGAAUUCGCAGUUUUUAAUAUUUGUUGGGACAAUCAUUUUUUCAAAUGUCUUAAAUUAUCUUAUGAUAUUAACGUCAUUCAUUAGGUCAAUUCAAAAUUAUGUUUAUUUCCAACAUCAAUUAACGUCCUUCUAUCGGAAAAAUAUGUACAUAACUGUAAUUUAUGGUAUCUAAUAAUAUUUAAUCUGAGAGUAUUUGAAUCAGAUUUGUUAUUUGGAUGGCAAAAAUAUAAAUCGAUAAAAAUAACUGUUAGAUUUGUAUAAGACUAUUGGCAUUGCAAUUGCUUCGGUUCGCCGCAAUAAAUCUCUUAAUAACAAGGAUAAAACUGAUCAAUAUUUUUUUAUUCUUUCCAAUCAUUCAUUGAGAUAUCAAUUUAUCGUUAACUCUAAUCAUACAAAGGUUGAUACACAUUUGACAGAAACAUGCUAAAUAAGAUAUGAAUUUGAAGAGUCCAGUAAUAUGAGCAUAUAAACAUCACUCUUAACAUUUACAGCACUCGACUCUUAUUUUCCAAAUUAUUACUAUUUAUACAUUUUGAGGGAUAGUUGUUAUUGGGAAGAUUAUAAAAAGUUUAUCAUGAAAAUUAUGUAUAGAUACAUUAUUAUAGAUUUGAUACAAUAUUAUGCUCAAAUAAGAAAAUUGACAAAAUUAAUAUCAUUAGUAUUUUUCCAUUCUCUUAUAAUUUAAAUAUUAUGUACAGGGAUCAGGGAUGUAAAAUUAGUUAUUUGAAAUUGGAAAAUUACUGAUAAAUUCAGAUGAAUACUGUAGUAUUGGUAGGCAUGCAAGUAAAAUAUCAAUCUUUAUAAAAGAUGAUUUUUUUUAAAUUAGACAAAACUGAUGUGUUUAUUUUAACUUUCAACUCCAUUUCCAGAUAACUGAUUUUGAACAUCUCUGAUCAGUCUCAAUCCUAGUUGCUUCAUGGGUUAGUUAAAAUCAGCAAUGAGCAUUUACCUAAUAGUAUACAAUGAUAUUGUGAUAUAGUAUCCAUAAAGAUAACAAUAUGUUGUAAAAAUCACUUUAUAAAAACAAGGGCUAAGGCCUGUUUCAGAACAUCAAUAACCGUAAUUAAAGUUCGAUAAUUCAAUAUUCUGCCUACCGUUGUUUUUUUAAAGUGCUAUUAACUACUGCUUAUUGAUUGUAACUCGAGUGGAAUCGGUUGUAACGUGUGCCUGUUAUUAUAGAGUUGCUUAUUCUAAAAUUUCUGUAUCAUGCUAAUAAUUAUUGUUGAACCGUUCGAUUUAUGCCAUUAUUCUCUAAAAUAUCUGACAAAGCUUUUGGUAUUGGGAAUGCAAUAGAUUUAACAAUGGAUUUUCAGGUUGAAACUCGAUUCAGGUUGAAAAUAUUAAUGAUUUAUGACAGGUCUAGAAUUUGCUUUGUUUAUUCCGCAUCAGUAAUAAUUAUUGCAUGUUUCGUACCAACUUGCAGAUUAGUUAUUUGAAUAAAAAUAGUGAAUGUUGUCAAUGGUCUCAGACCACACGGAAAGUGUUACUUAUUGUCAAUAUCAUUUUAAGAAAAGGUUCAGAUGUUUGUAAAAUGUUGGAUUUGUCUACCAUCCUUAAGAUUCGAUUCACAGUUUAACUGUCUGUUACAUUCAAUAUUGAUAUGAAAUACUUUUACUAUUGAAAUUUGCAACUAUAUUUUUUUGUACAAAUGAUUAAAAUUUUACUUGGAGGGUGAAAAAUUCUAUUCAUUGAAACCGUUGUAUUGUAAGUCAUCUGCUCAAAAGUGGAAUGAAAAAUUACUGUAUAUGAUUAUGCUAGUUGUGAGAUAAAAGAACGAGCGUAUCAUUCGAAUUAAGAAAUUAUGAUGUUGAGCGAAUUCCUCAUUUACUCUCUACCACUUUCAAUUGCAGUUAAUUUAGAUUUAUUUUCGAAUAUAAUAAUUCUAUAUUUCUUCUUCCAAUAAAUGUAGUGUUCACUAUAUUGCGCAAUAUGUUAUGUGUUUUGAAUAAAUGCAAUUAAAUAUCA